AUGGAUUCUGUUUGGUUUAAAUCAGAUUUAGCCGAAGAAAUAAUGAAAAAUAAUGAGAUAUUUGAGAAAACUCACAAUAUUGUAACAGACAUAGUAACAGGCCGGCUCGAAAUAACGAACAUGGUUGAAAAUAUGGCUGGUGUUCUUACAAACAAAGAAGCUGAACACAGAGAGCAGGGAAUGAAUUUUUUUACAAAAAUUUUAAAAGAAAUUCCUAGAGACUACUUAACAGAGAUGCAAAUUAAAUUUAUAUCCAAAUUUUACAUAGAUCGCUUAAAAGAUAAUCAUAGAGUAAUACCAGCAGUUUUAGAAGGAUAUCUUUAUAUUGUUAAUAUGAAUAAUUACAACAUACAGAGUAGUGGUGAAUAUUUUAUUGCUCUGUUUAGAGAGGUUGCUUGUCAGUCACAAGUAAGACAGGACAGAUAUAAUAUUUAUUUAACAAUAUUAAAGUUAUUGGAAAAAGAUCCUAAUUACAUGAAGACUCUAGGUCCUGAUUUUGUGUAUGGAGUAAUAUCUGCAAUAGAUGGAGAAAGGGAUCCACGGAAUUUACUGUUUCUUUUUAAUUUUUUGCCAAAAUUCCUGUCACAUGUACCUCUUGGCCAUUUAGUUGAGGAAAUGUUUGAAGUAAUCUCAUGUUAUUACCCAAUUGAUUUUCAUCCUUCACCAAAUGAUCCUGCUGCAGUUAGUAGAAAUGAUUUAGCGAAUGCAUUAUGCCCAUGUUUGUGCGCAACACCAGAGUUUGCAGAACAUUGUUUGGUAUUAUUAAUAGAGAAACUAGAUUCGAAUUUAAGGGUUGCCAAAAUUGACUCGCUGGUGUUAUUGGCUGCUAGUUGCAAAGUAUUCAAAGCUGAGAGCUACGGACCUUUUUUAAAAACUCUAUGGUCCUCCAUCCAUAGAGAUAUAACUCACAAAACAGAUGAAGAGUUAAAAAUGGCAGCUCACGAGGCAUUAUCAGCUUUAACUUCUAAAUUAGCUACGACUGCAAAUACGGAUCAGAAUUUUGAAAAUUUCAUUAAAGGAAUUUUAAUUUCACUGCAAACAUCCAUAGCCGAAUCAACAACCGUCAUACAGUUUGUUCAAGCGACGAAAAUAUUGUUAACCGUGGCCAAUGCUUCUAAGAAUUCAUGUGAAAUAAUUAUUAAAUCUAUGAUUCCGGCUGUUUUAGCAUAUUAUGAGUUUAAAACAUCGUCAAAAUUACAGAUUGCGAGUUUAGAUUUUUUGGGAGAUCUGUAUGAAAUGGCAAAGCAUUGGGCUGUACUAAAUGAGAUUGAACAACAAGCAAGUGAAAUACCCCAACUUUGUUUGACAGCUGUCAGCGAAACGUCAAAAGAAUACCAAAUUGGCGGGUUUAAAACUUUAAUUCGAGUGAUUGAUGUAUUGAAAGUUGAUCUUGUUGUGCCUUUUGUGGAAGUUUUGAUAUAUAAUAUCCAAAAUUGUCAAGAUGAUGAAUUAUUAAGUGUAUCAGUAGAAUGUGUUCAUGCAAUUGCAAGGAAAUAUCCAGAAUUGAUUAUGAGUUUAGUAGUAAAGGGAAAAUGUGACAUAAACAAUCUAACACAGGAUAAAACUGCAUUUCAAAAACGUUUGAAUCUUUUAUCUAGCUUAGCGAGCAUUGAUGAUUUUACCAAAAUCAUCAUAGAAGAAAUGUUAAAAGUCAUUCAAACUGACAAUGAUGCCAUCAAAAUCGUUACAGCACUGAAUAACUCUAUAUCCAACACAAGUUUGUAUUCAGAUGAUAAAAUAGCACAAAUAGAAAGUGAUCAUGGUCUAAUUGAGUCCAUUUUAAAGUGGAUUUUCAAAGAAAUUGAGGCAACAUCACUUGAAUCCUUAGAUAACGGUUUUACAUUAAUUUCAAUUACCAUGUGCAGCUUAAAAAUUGAAAAGCAGUUAAAUAUUUUAAAUCGACAUACGAAAUCAAUUUUGGAAAAGUGUAGAAGUAAUGAACUAUAUUUUCAAGUCAUAGAAUGUUUGUACCGCUCUAUACAUCAAAGUGUUUAUAUUGUGCAUUUUGAAGAAAUUAUGUAUUUAGCAUUAAAGCUUUCUUUAAAUAGUGAUAAGGAAGUUGUGAGGUUAAAAGCAUGUUGUUUGAUUGCGCAUUUUCUUAACAAAGCAGAAAAUGGCCAAAAACUUGAAGUUAUGUAUGAAACCCUAAAGAAUUAUUUAUCAUCAAUAAUUGAAGGUGAUGAGAAUCUUUGCCCGAGGCUGUUGCAUUUGUAUGGAUGGAUUGCCAAAGCUCUUAUAAUGAGAGGCAGUGACUUAUUUCAAUUUUGGCUUAACAAAAUAUUAAUCUCUAUAUCAAACCCAGAAUCUAGUAGAAAAGGAUCUGAAGCUAUAUAUAUAAUAAUGACAGAGUUCCCAGAUUAUCUUAACUCUAAAAAUCACUGUAGAGUGAGUCUUCUCUACAAACAGAGAAUGUUCCAUACAUUUAGUAAAUUAUCGGAAAAACUAGACCCAAUCAAUGCAGAUACAAAAGAAGCAUAUUGUUUAAGUUGGGCAUAUGUCCUAGAGAAAACACCUAAAAGUGUACUUAAUAAUGAAGUUAAUAAGGUUGCCCCUCUUGUUGUAGAUGCCUUAGAAUUUGACAAUAAAGAUCUGCUGUUAGUAAUGGUUGAUGUUCUCAUAUAUUUUGUUCAAGCAAAAAAUGUAUCUAUAGCUCAGAGCUUACAGUCUAUUUUGCCGAGGCUAAUUAACUUGACCACUUAUGUUAAAUCUAUGGAUGUCCGGAUAAAAAGCCUACAAUGCCUGUAUGAAAUAGCAAAUUCUUAUCCCACAAGGUUACUUAUACCAUUCAAACAGGACAUUUUGAUAGAUUUAACGCCAUCUCUCGACGAUAAGAAAAGGCUAGUCAGAAAUAUGGCGGUAAAAGCACGCACAAGAUGGUUCCUCGUUGGUUCACCAGGAGAAAAUAAAGAAAAU